UUAAAAUUUACUCCUUCUUCAACCAUCUGGAGUUAAUUUGUUUUAUUCCUCGUCUAACUCUAUAUAUAGUAGAUCCACUCCCCACAACAAAUCAUUGUCCUCACUAUACAACACUACACUAACCUAAUUUUCAUUUUCUCUUUUGCAUAAACUAUAGGAAUUAAGCAAUAAUGGCAUCAAGUUCCAAGAAGAAUGGUGGGUCACUUGUUUUUGAGGAUUUCUUCCCUUCAAUGAUGGAGAAGCUAGGAAGUGAAGGGUUUAUGAAAGAGUUGGCAAAUGGUUUCAAUGUGUUAAUGGAUAGAGAGAAGAAAGUGAUAACAUUUGAAAGCUUGAAGAAGAACUCGGCAUUGCUCGGGUUAGAAGGUAUGUGUGAUGAUGAGAUUACUUGCAUGUUAAGAGAAGGUGAUAUGGAUGGAGAUGGAGCUCUUAGUGAGAUGGAGUUUUGCACUCUCAUGUUUAGGUUAAGUCCUUCUUUGAUGAAUGACACUAAGCAACUUUUGGGAGAAGUUAUUUUCAAUGGAAAUUAAUGGCUUUUUUUGCUUUUGUUCAUGUGUUAGAUUUUAAUUAGCUUUUAAGCAUGUUUUGGUUUUGGGUUUGUGUGUGUAUUUUUCUAGUUUGUCUGUUGAAAAUGUUCCCUAAUAUUUAUUUAAGGUCGCUUAUGUAUUAAAGUUUUCAUUUUGAUC